AUAUUCUCCUACAAGAGUACUCAAUUGGUAUUUUACAUUACAAUUUUUUCAAUGGGGGAACAAGUUUUUGAAUCAACAAUCAAAGUCACAAUAAGUGAUGAUGAUAACAAUAUUACUAAAGAUCAUGUUACCAAGAAAUCAACUUCUUCAAAUAUUUCCCCAUUGACUAAACUUCAUGCAGGCUAUUUUAGAAUUAGCCUUUCUCUAGGUGGUCAAACUUUGUUAUGGAAAGUACUAACACAACAUUUGGACAAAUCACAAACACUUCAACACAAAUUUCACUCACUCCCUUCAACAACUUUCCUUUUACUAUGGUGGAUAUCACUUUGUACACUUAUGUUACUCUCUUUUCUAUAUAUCUUAAGAUGCAUUUUUCACUUCAAGUUAGUGAAGUCUGAGUUUUUGCAUCCAAUUGGUGUUAACUACCUAUUUGCACCAUGGAUAUCAUGGCUUUUAUUGCUUCAAUCAAUACCAUUCACAAUCCCAAAUCUUGAUUCUUGUCAAUUUGUAUGGUGGAUAUUCGUUGUACCCGUGGUGAUUCUUGAUGUGAAAAUAUAUGGACAAUGGUUUACUACUGAAAAGAGGUUUUUGUCAAUGGUUGCAAAUCCAACAAGCCAACUUUCUGUAUUGGGAAAUUUGGUUGGUGCUUGGAUAGCUAGCAAAAUGGAAUGGAAAGAGAGUGCAAUAUGUAUAUUUACACUUGGAUUAACACACUAUUUAGUUGUGUUUGUAACACUUUAUCAACGAUUAUCGGGUAGUAAUCGUCUUCCUGCCAUGCUUAGACCUACAUUUUUCUUGUUUGUGGCUGCACCUAGCAUGGCUAGCUUAGCAUGGGCUUCUAUUUCUGGGGAUUUUGAUAUGCCAUGCAGGAUGCUCUUUUUUCUUUCACUAUUUCUCUUCACAUCUUUGGUUUGCAGGCCAGCACUAUUCAAGAAAUCAAUGAGAAAGUUCAAUGUUGCAUGGUGGGCUUAUUCAUUUCCCCUAACAUUCCUUGCCUUAGCCUCUGCACAAUAUGCACAUCAAGUGGAAGGUCAUGUUGCUAAUGGGCUGAUGUUGCUUUUAUCUGCCCUCUCUGUUCUUGUUUUUGUUGGCUUGACAGUCUCCACAGCACUCAAUCUUGACAUGCUCUUGAGUGAUCAUGAUAGAUAUUUAAACUUCACUAAAAGAACUUAAGUGUAUCAAUAUUUCUAUAGAGACAACCUAUAUCCACCUUUUAAGGUAGGAGUAAGACAUGCGUACACAAUUUCCUCGAUCUCCAGAUCCUAUUCGUGAGAUUACACUGGGCUUCUUGUUGUUGUUAUAGUUAUUAUGAUUAUGUCUAGUGCUAAUAUUCCUAAUGCAUGUGAUAAUUUUGAACGCUAUGAGGACUCCUAUUACUAAUAUAGAAGUGUGUCAAUCUUUUUGGAACGAAUUAUUAUGAAAAUA